CGGAUCCAGGGCGGGGGUCGGCGGCCCGGCCAGCCCGGCCCGGCCCGGGGCCGCGUCCUGAGAGUCAGCCCUCGCCGCUGCAGCCUCGGCGCCCGGCCGGCCGGCCAUGGAGAGCCCCCCGCCCCGCGCCGCCGGCCGGGACCCCAGUGCGCUGCGGGCCGAGGCGCCCUGGCUGCACGCAGAGGGUCCGGGGCCGCGCGCCGCGCCCGUGACGGUGCCCACGCCGCCGCAGGGCUCUUCCGUGGGCGGCGGCUUCGCGGGCUUGGAGUUCGCGCGGCCGCCGGAGUCGGAGCCGCGGGCCUCGGACCUGGGGGCCUCCGGGAAGUGGGCGGGGGCGGCGACGGGGCCCCGGACUCCAUCGGCGCACAUCCCCGUCCCAGCGCAGAGAGCCACCCCAGGAAAAGCCCGGCUGGACGAGGUCAUGGCUGCCGCUGCCCUUACAAGCCUGUCCACUAGCCCUCUCCUUCUGGGCACCCCAGUUGCAGCCUUCAGCCCAGAGCCUGGCCUGGAACCCUGGAAGGAGGCCCUCCUACGGCCCCCAGGCAGCUAUAGCAGCAGCAGCAACAGUGGAGACUGGGGCUGGGACCUGGCCAGUGACCAGUCCUCUCCGUCCACCCCGUCACCGCCACUGCCCCCUGAGGCAGCCCACUUUCUGUUCGGGGAGCCCACGCUGAGGAAAAGGAAGAGCCCGGCCCAGGUCAUGUUCCAGUGUCUGUGGAAGAGCUGUGGGAAGGUGUUGAGCACGGCAUCCGCGAUGCAGAGACACAUCCGCCUGGUGCACCUGGGCAGGAGGCAGGCAGAGCCUGAGCAGAGCGAUGGUGAGGAGGACUUCUACUACACAGAGCUGGAUGUUGGUGUGGACACGCUGACUGAUGGGCUGUCCAGCCUGACUCCAGUGUCCCCCACGGCCUCCAUGCCGCCUGCCUUUCCCCGCCUGGAGCUGCCAGAGCUGCUGGAACCCCCAGGCCUGCCUAGUCCCCUGCGGCCAACCGCCCUGCCCCCGCCCCCACCCCCUGUCCUGAGCGCUGUUGCUAACCCCCCGUCCUGCCACAGUGACCGUGUCUACCAGGGAUGCCUGACGCCCACCCGCCUGGAGCCGCAGCCCACGGAGGUCGGAGCCUGCCCACCCGCCUUGUCCUCCAGGAUUGGAGUCAGCCUGAGGAAGCCCCGCGGCGAUGCGAAGAAGUGCCGGAAAGUGUACGGCGUGGAGCGCCGGGACCUGUGGUGCACAGCCUGCCGCUGGAAGAAGGCCUGCCAGCGGUUCCUGGACUGAGUCCGGCCCAUUCAAGAACAUAACCUACCACCUUCUCCCUCCCCACCCCAACCCCAGGCCUGGGGCUGAAACAGCCCAGGGAGAGCCCCAGGGCCUGGCCUUCACCAGCUGCAGGGUCUGCUUUUAAUUGGGGGGGCCUGACCCUGAACUCCCCCAGGUCGGGGAGGGGUCCCACCACUCAAAGUGCCUCUGAAGAAACCAGCUUUUUGCACUAAAGCCAAACCGCUGUCCCCUUAGCCCAAAGGGCCCUGGGGGCAGCCCCCCCCCCCCCCCCCCCCCCGACCUGUCGGCCCAUGGAUUUGUCAAGGGUGUUAUGGGCCCAGCUUUGGGGGCCAGUCCUGAUGCACUUUGAGGAGUGUUGGGGAGAGGACUCCCCCACUCGCACUUAACUCGAUGGCUCUCGGGCCCUGGGGCUGUUUUUACCAUGUUUUUGAAGCUCAGGUGUCUCGCGUCUGGGCUGCACCAGGCGAAGAGAGAAAUUAAAGAUUUGAGGUUUUUCCAGAAGCUUUGUCUGCCUCUUGGGAAGAAGGCUGUGGGGCUGGGACCUUGGGGUGGGUGAGUGGGUGGAGGCUGGCAGCCGGCCACAGAGGGCCGAGGGUCACCCCUCAGCUGCCCCCACCCCAGGAGAGGCCGGAGGAAGGAUCAUCUGAAACGCAGGAGGCAUCUGCUUGGAGCAGCAAUUCCCCAAUUUAUUGAAAGUGAUCGCUUUGCAAGGAUGUCUAAGCUAAUCCCGUCACAGAAAGGAAACGCACAGGCGCCUAGGCAGAAACUUCGAGACUCACCGCAGAGGCCACAAGAACCCACGGCCACAGAGAGGCAGGACGGCAGAGCCAUGAUUUCCCACCAAGCGAUUAUGAGAACCUCUUCCCCCAAUAGUAGACACAUCUCCAAAACAAACACAGGUUUAUAACAAGUAAUAGAAAGUCAAUAUAAUAUAGAUUAUCCCCAGAAAAAAUCAACAAUCUUCAAACACUGCCUUUUGUCUGUUUUGUUUUUGUUGACAGGUUGAAAGCAUGUUGAAAAAAUAAAUAUUUAAGAAAAGCA